AUGGCAGAAAUAAUAGAAUUCAAGGAAUGUGUGACAAAAUGUACAUUGCAAGAUAUGAAAUCUUCAGGGGCAUUUUAUACAUGGAAUAAUAAGCAGGGAAGUGCAGAUAGAGUAUAUAGCAGGAUUGAUAGGGUGCUGAUCAAUAAUGACUGGAUAUUAGCAACGCCAGAUUCAGAGGUAUUCUACAGGAAUGAAGGGACCUUUGAUCACUGCCCUGCAAUAAUCAGAUGGGCUGAAGAUCAAAAGAAGCAACACAUAUUCAGAUACUUUAAUAUGUGGAGCAUUGCACCAAAAUAUAAGGAGACAGGAAAACUACAGCAGCUGAACAAGCAGAAAUUCAGUCAAAUAGAGAAGAAAGCUGACCAAGCAUAUGAGGAACUACUGCAAUGUCAACAAAGGUUGCAGCAAACACCUCUGAAUCUGAAACUACAGAAGGAAGAAGCAAGACUAAUCAGGAAAACAAAAAGAUUGAAGGAGGCAAAACAUCAAUUUUUGAGACAGAAAAGCAAAGUGCAAUGGCUGGAACAAGGGGACCUAAAUACCAAAUAUUUUCACAGCAUGAUGAAAGCAAGAAGGAAUAUGAACAGGGUGUUCUCUAUUACAGAUGCAGAAGGAAUUUAUAGAACUGAAGUGGAUGAAAUUGCUAAAGCCUUUACUGUUUUUUAUACAAAUCUGUUGGGCACCAGCAAUAGGCAAAUGGAACAUGUCAAUAGCAGACUGAUACAACAAGGGCCAAUAGUUACAGAAAGACAAAGAAGCAUGUUAGAGGAAGAAUUUACAGAAAAGGAGGUAAAAACAGCUUUGUGGGCAAUCAAUUGA